CUGUGACGUCUCGGUGCUCGUACCUCAACUCGAUUUCCUGACGAAAUUCCAGGAAAUUAGAUUAAACCCUAGAAAAUAAAACUAAGCUCGGAGCUGAAACAUGGUGAGAUUUAGCACAGUACUGCUGAAAGACGCGGGAUAUGUAACUGACGAUUCUCGUGUCCCCUCUCUCCAAGCAGUCCCUGAGAUGAAAUACGGGAUUCCAUGCUUGGCUCCAAGGGGUGGCAAGAUACUUUCAGAGGAAGGCGAUGUUCAAACAUUUGACGAUUUUGUUUUGCUCCAAAAACUGAUGGACUAUUGGAUCAGAAUAAGAGUGCGAUUUCUUCUUGCAGUAUCUUCGCACUUCAGAUGGCUUCGUCUCCUUCAUCGUCUUCGACUCCUAUUUACGAAGACAUCCAGGUUUCUUUCGUAUAUGAUUUUAACGACAUUCAUCAUGUUUCCAAGAUCACAACAAAGUGUUAUCCGGUUCAAACCACCCGUUCUCUUAAAAAGGCUCUAACAAAUGAAGAAUGAACAUAUUUCAACAAAGAGUCACAGUUUCGACAUAUUUUCCAUCUUCAAUGUGAAGACACAUUAAAGAUGGUUCUGGUGUCUGUCUUUUUACAUCGCGCACUAAAGCUUGAAGGAAACGUGAAAGAGUUGUGGUUUAUUCUGAACGGUGUGCCCGUUAGAUACUCGAUCACCGAACAUGUCAUUAUCUGUGGUCACAUAUUCAAAUGUGAUGAACCGCAUCGGUGUAACUUCACAGGUAUGUACUAUUGACAUACGAGUUAAAUAUGGUAUAAUGUUGUCACUGAUUACACGAGCUAUUUUGUUAGGGUAUUCGAAGUGUUCUUCAAACAUAGGGGGAAGAAGAACACAUUUUGUUUAAUCUACAUGAAGAUGAAAGUAGUCAUCCACUAGUGAAGUUACACCGAUGCGUUUCAUCACAUUUGAAUAUGUGACAAAGUGGAGAGAAGGAUAAUGGAAAAAUUCGAGAGAGUUCUGAAGAGGGCAGGAAUCACCAUUGAAGAUGUGGAUUGGUCAGAGGAAAAAAACAACAAAGAGGAUGAUGUUGAUGUUUCAAUGGAAUGGUCAGAAGAGAAUGUUGCUUUUUUACAUCAUGGACGAGGUAUGUUCAUAUCAGUCAUACCAGUCACACUUAUUAGGU